AUGGACUUUACAACAAUACAAGCUUUAGAACUUCUUAAAGAAGACGAUAUUAGCAUGAAAGUGAACAAGAAAACUGAAACAGAAUCUACUCGAGAUCUAAAUUUAGUACAGAAAUGUAGUAAUGAAUCUAAAACAGAGGCAGUGUAUAUGGAAACCUCUCCAACA